CUACAAGCUUCAAUGAAGAAAACCUUAUCUGCAGCACACUGGACCUCUUCUUUGCUGGAACAGAGACAACAUCGACGACACUGCGCUGGGCUCUGCUCUACAUGGCCCUCUACCCAGAAGUCCAAGAAAAGGUACAGGCUGAAAUUGACAGAGUGAUUGGUCAGGGGAGACAGCCCAGCCUGGCCGACCGAGAGUCCAUGCCCUACACCAAUGCUGUCGUCCACGAGGUGCUGAGAAUGGGCAACAUCCUCCCCACGAAUGUUCCCAGAGCCGUAGCAGUUGACACCACAUUGUCUGGAUACCACCUGCCAAAGGGGACCAUAGUCAUGAUCAACUUGACUGGACUGCACAGGGACCCUAAAGAGUGGGCCACCCCGGAUACCUUCAAUCCAGAGCAUUUUUUGGAGAAUGGACAGUUUAAGAAGAGAGAAUCUUUUCUGCCAUUCUCAAUGGGAAAGCGAGCUUGCCUUGGAGAACAGUUGGCCAGGUCUGAGCUGUUCAUUUUCUUCACUGCCCUUGUGCAAAAAUUUACCUUCAAGCCUCCUGUCAAUGAGAAGUUGAGCCUGAAGUUCAGAAUGGCCAUCACCCUCGCCCCAGCCAGCCACCGCAUCUGCGCUGUCCCUAGGCUGUGAUGGUGGAGAAGAGAAAGGACAGCAAGAAGAAAUGACACAUGCUCUGAAACCAUGGUGCCCGCUCACAUGUGACAGAAUGAGAAUGAGAAUGACUGGGGAAAGACGCACGAAAUUAGACCAAGAAAUCAAGUCAAAUUCGUGGACUGCUGUGGCCUCCACGUUGGUGCUGGGAAAAUCAUUUAUGUGGUCAUUGAUACAUCUUUUCACCUGAAAAUUGCAAAGAGAAUGAUGAUUCCUCCCUGAGUGAAUGUACUUGUAACGAUCAUAGAAAUCAGUGGAUCUGAAGUGACAUAUUGAUAAAAAUCAAUUGCUCUAACGUUGUACCCUUUAGUGUGUCAGCACUUCCUUCUUUUAUAGAUGUACAUUGGCUGCUGGUCUGUUGAGACAAUUCAUCUGAAAGUGACAUAAAACAUGAAUAGGAGUUAGAAAUGGACCCAGAAAAGGCAGAAAGGAUGGUGGUAAAUGCUCUCCCAUUUGGAAAGUCUGUAUUUGCUGUAUCUUUCUCUCCUUCUAGUGCUCCUCCUGAAAGUCAGCAGGGCAAGGAUGAUUCCUAAUUACAGGAAGGCUGAACAAGGGGUGCUGAAGCAAUUUCUAUAAUUUACAUGUGGUACCUAGACAUUGAACUUGGACUCAGAGCCAGGUAAAUUAUGAAUAACCAAACCCUGGAAGCAGGUUUGGGAGCAAAUGGGAUUUUCUUUCCUCAUUGUAGAUUCUUGCCUUCAGUCAUGUAGUAGAUAUUUGUCCCCAUCCUUUUCACAUAGGGCUUGGCUAUAUGGGCUGUGAUUCUCAUUUGUAAUUGGCCUAUAAGAUUGUUUUAUUCCUAGGACAAGUCUGAACUCACUGAGGCCUGGCAGAGCAUUUUAAACAGGGGGUUAGAAAUGGCAGAAUCUGCAGCUGGCAAGAUGGCUCAGUGGUUAAGAACACUGGCUGCUUAUGUGUAGGAGCCAGCUUAACUUCCUAGCACCCAUGUAGUGGCUAAUAACUGUCAAUAACUCUAGUUCCAAGGUAUCUGGCACCCCAUUCUGGCUUCCACAGGCAUUACAUAUACAGAUACACUUACAUACAUGGAGGCAGAACUCUCAUUCACAUAACAUAAAUUUUUUAAAAAAGAAAAUGCAAAAUCCUUGCUGGGUACGAUCAGUGGAAAGAAAAUGACCACAAACUAGAUCAGGUGACACUGUGUGUUAGGAAGUUUUCACCCCUUCUCUAUUUCAGACAACAAACAAAAUAUCCCAGUGAAGUGGAGAACAGCAAACCAAAGCCCCCCUUUACUUUCCUAGAGCUAGACCAAAGAAAUUUUAAUAGUUCAGAAACCAACAAGUUGAAGACCAUGAAGUUUUUCUGUCCUGAGUUGUUAUUCAAUGAAAAGCUGAUUUAUCCAACAUCGUGAAAGAAAGCAGCUUUGAAGGUGCUAGAAAGGACGGACUUGUCUGGGCUAGCUUGAGGUAGCUAAGGAGAGACCAUCCAGAGACAAUGGCUGGUCUUUCAUGUAGAGGCUUGAGUUCCUCUUGUCAGAUAAAAGGAGAGAGGAAGAAGGCCACUGUGUUCACUUCCUUUAUUAGACCCUGGACGACGGGUCUCUAGAAAACAGGAAAGUGAUGUUCAAGAAUAAAACCCAUCAUAGCAGGCCUUGAGGUCCCCACCAUAGGCAGCUUCUCUCUGUCCCUAACCUCCACAGUAUUUCCCCAUUUUCUCUGCAAAAAUUACCUCCUUCUACAGUUUAUUCAUGGGAAAACAGUCAGUCUUCAUAUGUCUCAAUUUCCUCCUUUGAAAAAUGAGGGACUUUUUUUUUGAGAAUUUCAUAUUACAUCAUUUCUAUCCCCCUGUCUCCCUAUUCCAACUCUUCCCAUACCACCCCCACUCAUUCUCAAUUUCUUGACUCUUUAUUAUUUUUACACACAUAUGUAUAUGUAUACAUAUAUUAUAAUCUAUUGCAUACAUUUAGUGAUUCUUAUAUGUACAUUUGUUUAGGGCUCACCAUUUAGAUUUGGAUAACCUGUCAGGGAACUUGACUCUGAAGAAAACUCCUUUUUCUCUUAGUAGCUAUUGAUUGCCUAUAGCUAUUCAUGCAGAAGUGGGACCUUGGGAAAUUUCCUUUAUCCACAAUGACAUUUCAACUGGUGGUGUCCUUAUGCAGGUCAUGUUUAGGCAAUCAUACUGUUAAGAUUUAAUUGGUGCAACUUCCCUGUCAUGUUUAAAAGACACUAUCUAGCAGCAGGUGUCUGGGUCCUCUGACUCUUACAAUCUUUCCGCCCUCUUUCAUGGUGUUCCCUGAGCCUUGGGUGUUGGGGUUACAUUGUAGAUGUAUCAGUUCAGUUUGGACAUCCCAUGAUAACCCCUUCUUUAUAUUUUCACCAGCUGUGGAGUUUUAUAAUGGUUCAUUUGUUGCAAAAAUGAGCCUUUUUAUAAGUGGUGGGUGUGAGGACAAGCAUUUCAAAUAUAACUAGAAGCUGUGUUGGUUUAGGAAAGUAGAAAUAGUAGGUUCUCUCUAGGGUCCAUGGGUAGGUGUCUAGCUAUACAGUUCCAGGCCUGAAUGCCCUCCUACUGAACAGGUCUUAGGUUCUAUUAAACAGCUCUUGGUUACCCCCAAGAUAAAAGUGCCACCAUUAGGGAUAUUUUUCUGAGCUGGUCACUGUUGUGAUUUAUAGAUUUCAUAGCUGGGUGGGACUACUGAUUGCUUUUCUCCAUUGUUAGUUUGUAUAGCACCUUCCAGUGCUAUGAGGGAUAGUCAGAAAAUAGAGCAACUUUGCUGAUGUCCUCUGGGCAUCUCAUUCCUUCUCCAUUUUACAGUUUCUGGGAUUCUAAAUGAGCAGCCACACAUGCACUAUUCCAUGAGCACACUGUUAGAAACAGAGAUGAACUUGCUUGUGUUUUUCCACAUUGUCAAGAUUUAUUCAGUAUCGAUUUUCCAGAUGUUGCCACUUUCUUUGACAUCUUUGGCCAAGGCAAACACAGACUUUAAAAAAAAUUAUUCCUAACAUAGCUACUAAUUUAGCUCUCAGAUCACACAUUAAAUAGUCCUUAGCCAAUGUGUAUAAGUAGGUGUAAGACUGUUACAAAGGGUUAAGGGGCAGGGGUUUCAGGGAGUUUCAAAAAGGCCUGAAUAGUCAAAGCUGGAAACUCAUAGGAAUGGAAGAGUCCUGUACUGAUAAGACAACAAACACCAGGGAGCUGGAGAAGUGAGAAGCAGUGGUGGCUGUGAGUGAGGACACUGUGGGUCAGAAGACUGAGAACAGCACUGCAGAGCUGAGUCCAGCCAGAGAAGAAGGGACAGGACCACAUUCAAACAGUCAGUGGAUGGAUAGAAGGCAGGUCCAGAGAGUAAACAGGAAGAUGUGUAGACUGCAAAUCAAGUACGCCAGGCCAACAGUAGGGACCAAGCCCAGCUGAAACCCCUCGACAGCCAGGAGUCCUCUGCCUGUGGUCCUUGAUACACACAUCAUGGUAUGGUCAGAUGACAGGUUGGUGGUGGCCCUCAUGACUAUAGUGUUAGGUGUCUGCCUCUUCAUCGGACUCAGCUGAGAGACUUAUAUCCUUUCAUUGUUUUGGUGUGUCUAAUAAUUUCCUGAGCCUGAUAAAUCACAGACUUUCCAGAAUGAGCCCUUUACAAGCCAGGUGCUUUGAAGGGAUCUACCCACGGCCCCCUGAAACCAUGUGAGAAUGACUUUUGUAAAUGGACAUAAUCUGGACUAAUGACUUAAUUAACCCCAGCAAAAUCAUGUGUUCUUUUGUCUUGUGACCCAGGCUUUUUUUUUUUUUAAAUCUCAUUUUGUAGGCAACCUCAAUUUGGUACUGCACCCAAAAAGAUAAUGAAUGAAUGAAUGAAUGAAUGAGGCUGUGCUUCAGAAUUAACAUAUCAAAGUGCUGAAAAGUGGUCCACCCAUCUCCAUUGAGCACAGUGGAGACUGGAAAAAACUAUUAACCUUGAAUGAGUUGAGCUGGUCUAAAAGUAGGGAUAAAAUGUCAGAUGAUCUGAUGAGAUUAGAGUGGAGCCAAGCUUGUACUUCCCCAGUUGAAGCUGGAGAAACCAUUUUGAAUAAAAGUAUGUGUGGUGCCAGACUCCAGACACAAUUCCAGGGACACGGUGCCAGCAGACAGUUCCAUGACUAUAGUGCCAUGAGACACUACACUUCCAAGAAAUAUCUACGGGAAUGAAUGUCCUCCGAGUUCAGACCCACUAUUAGAAACUAUAUUUAAGAGUUAGGCUUUUCUUUGGUUCAGAUAGUGAUAUGUUGGCAUAAUAAUGUGACAAUACCUGGCU